CCUCCCUUCACACCGGAUAGAUUCCCUUUUUAUUUCACCGGUUAUGCUCUUAUCUUUUUAUAUUUCAAUUUCAAGAUAUCAUAUCCAUGGUUUAUAUCAUUAAUUUCUUGAUUGAAGAUUCUUUUUCUCAAUUUAUACAAUUUUCAUCUUCUGUUCACUGUAUUUAGCCUUCAUUUUUUCCCCACCAAGAUUCAUCAUUUCAAGAAAAAGAUUCGGUUUAUGAGCCUUUUUAUUGAAUAGAAUACUCAAAUCGAAAUUUGGGGUUUGUGUUUUUGCUUAUUACAAUAAAAGAUUCGCUCUUUGAGGAUAUUUAUUGAAUAAAAAGCAGUUCUAUUGAUCUGGGGUUUGUUUUUUUGUUACAAAGAUUAGAAAAAGUCCCGACCUUAUAAGAUUUUUGAAGUUUAAUCAGGAUAAUCGAUCCGGGGUUUGUGUUUUUGCUAUAAAGAAUUAUCAUUCGAAGAAAAAGAUUCAACCUUUGAGGUUUUAUUGAAGAAAAAUCAGGUAAAUAGAUCUGGGGUUUGUGUAAUUUUGUCAUAUUUAUAGAUAUAAAGAUUUAUUAUAUAUAGAUGUCAACGGUUGGUUCAUCUUCAUCAUCAUACUGGUGCUACAGAUGCAACCGAUUCAUUAGGGUUCGAACCAAUAUCCAAGAUUCAUCUUUAUCUUGCCCUGAUUGCAAUAGUGGAUUUAUAGAAGAAAUUAAUAGUCCCACCAGAUUAAAUCGGUUCCCAGCUGCUGCUAUGUACAUGGUCGGAAACGGGCAACAAAGCCCGGGUCCGGCACCUAGCCCGCCGCUGCUACGGCGGGCUAGAAGGACCACCGGAGAACGGUCACCGUUUAAUCCGGUAAUCGUUCUCCGGGGUCCCACAUCCACUCCGGAAGAACCUACUACCGAGGAACCUAGUACUGGUGGUGGGUUUGAAUUGUAUUAUGAUGAUGGAGCCGGGUCGGGUCUAAGACCAUUACCCGCUAGCAUGUCGGAGUUUUUGCUCGGGUCGGGUUUCGAUAGGUUAUUGGAUCAGCUGUCCCAGAUUGAAGGGAAUGGGUUAGGGAGAAUUGAUAGUAAUCCACCUGCUUCAAAAGCAGCCAUUGAAGCAAUGCCAACUAUUGAGAUUUUAGAAAACCAUGUUUUGAUUGAAUCAUAUUGUGCUGUUUGUAAAGAACCAUUUGAAUUAGGAUCCGAAGCGAAAGAAAUGCCUUGUCAACAUUUGUAUCAUUCUGAAUGUAUAUUACCUUGGCUUGCUUUACGAAAUUCGUGUCCCGUUUGCCGCCAUGAAUUACCAACUGAAACUGUGGAUUCAUCUAAUGUUAACCGGGCUCAUAAUGAUACAAAUAGCCAAUCCGGGAACGAAGAGGAAGCCGUGGGUUUGACUAUAUGGAGAUUACCGGGUGGAGGGUUUGCGGUUGGGAGGUUUUCGGGUGGCAGACGAGGCGGUGAGAGGGAAUUACCAGUGGUUUUUACGGAAAUGGAUGGCGGAUUUAACAACAAUGGGGUUCCUAGAAGGAUUUCUUGGGCUUCGAGAGGGAAUGUUGCUCGAGAACGGAAUGGGUUGGGCAGGAUAAUACGCAAUUUGUUUUCGUGUUUUGGAGGCGGGUUUUUGAGAAAUGAAAGAAGGGCGUUGGCUUCAAGUUCGAGUUCAAGCUCUGAUGACCGAGUUAGCCAUAGGAGUCGCUCAUUGUCAUCGACAGUUAGUGGUUCUUCACGUAGACGCAGGACUCACUUUCGAUGAUCACACCGAGCCACGAAGAUUACAAACUUGGUCAAAGCUUAAUGUAUGUAAAUACCAAAACAUGCGGAGAUUACAACCUAUGAAUCUUUUUUUAGAGUAUUUAUUUUGCUUAGUUAUUAAUUUGUUACAUGAAUUAUUUUUUUAUAAAAUUAAAUUCAACCGACGAAAGCUUUUUAUGUCA